AUGCCGUCUUUCAUGAAGUUUGCUGCUGCGGCUCUUGCCGUGGCCGCCCCUCUCGUUUCAGCUCAGACUUACUCUGACUGCAAUCCGAUGGAGAAAUCCUGCCCUGCCAACAAGGGUAUGACCGAGUCCAGCCUGCACUUUGACUUCACCAAGGGUGAUUCCCUCGGCCAGUGGAAGAUCAGUGGCGGCAAAGUUCCCACCGGCUCCAAUGGUGCAGAGUUCACUAUCAACAAGGAAGGAGAUGCUCCUACUCUUGUCAGCGACUUCUACUUCUUCUACGGUGAAUUGUCCAUUGAGAUGAAGACUUCUCCUGGCCAAGGCAUUGUCAGCUCCGCCUUUUUGCAGUCCGAUGAUAAGGACGAGGUUGAUUGGGAAGCGCUGGGCACCAAGACUGACACUAUUGAGACCAACUACUUUGGAAAGGGCGACACCUCGACCUGGGAUCGUGAGACUUGGGACACCAUCAGCUGGUUGAUUGAUGGUGCCAAUGUCCGCACUCUAAACUACAACGAUGCCCAGGGUGGUGCUCGCUUCCCCCAAACCCCCAUGAACAUUCACCUUGGUAUCUGGGCCGGUGGUGCUCCCACCAACCCCGAGGGUACCAUUGAGUGGGCUGGUGGUCCCACCGACUACUCCAAGGGCCCUUACUCCAUGUACAUCAAGAGCGUCAGUGUUAAGAACGCCAACCCCGCCGAGUCUUACACCUGGACCGACAAGUCUGGCUCCGCCAACAGCAUCAAGUUCACUGGUUCCAACGCUGUGAGCUCCCGCAGCACCACCACCGACGCUGCCACCAGCUCCUCUGAGGCUUCGUCUUCCACCACCGAGUCUCCUUCUACCACGACCGAGAAGAGCACUUCUAGCACUGCCACUACUCUGGCGACCAAGACCUCCGGCUCAUCUGCCGAGUCCACUGCCGCUUCCACCUCCGGUGCUGCCAGUGCUUCCAGCUCUGGUGCCUCCCCCAGCGGCUCUAGCAGCUCUGGCUCCGGUUCCAGCUCCAGCUCUGGUGCUGCUAGCUCUAGCUCUGGCUCCGGUUCCAGCUCCGGCUCCGGCUCCGGCUCCCCCUCGGGCUCUGGAUCCUCCACCAGUGCCAGCGCGAGCGCUAGCCCUAGCUUCAACGCAGCAGCCUCUGUUGUUGCCAGCUACAUGGGACCUGUGUCCCUCUUGGGUCUGGUGACUGCCCUACUCCAGCUGUAA